GCCAGAGAAAAAAAAUAAAAAAGAAAAAUGAAAAAGAAAGAGAAAGUUGUGAAAAUGGGAGUGGUUAAAUAGGGAGAUCAGACCUCCGUCGUGAAAAAUCAAAUGUGAUGUGAAUUGUGUGGGUGUUGUAGAGAGAGAGAGAGCGCGAUAGAACACUGAGCGGAGGAGGCAUCGGUAUAUCCGAGCUGGUCGUUUGACCUAAGCGUUUUCUUUUCCCGUCGGUGCACGAGGAGACGGCAGCGUUGGUGGCGCCGCGGUGGUUCUGACGACCCUAAAUUCCGAACAGAGAGAUCAUCUCUAAGCCUUUUCAAUUCGCCGCCGGACGACUCGUGUCCGCAUUGGCCGGCCGCGGUUCUCCUUUCUGACCACUCACUGUCUUACUCGAUCACAUUCGAUCUCUACAUCUUCUUAGCUCAGGGAAGGGCUUGAUUGGUGUGAUCAGUGGUCGAGAUGUCUUUCAAGAACAUUGUGAAGGAGAUGAAAGAUGGGAUUGGGAGUGUAUCAAGGAGAGGGUUCGAAGGACGGCAAUGGAGAAGUAGGGCACGAUCACAUAUAGCACCCGAUUGUAUCCAAUCUGAACCAAAUGAGCAGGGGCAGUGGGCAAAUCUGCCGCCUGAACUGCUUUUGGAUAUAAUCGAGAGAGUUGAAAACAGUGAGACAUCUUGGCCUGCCCGGACAGUUGUUCUCUUUUGUGCAUCUGUUUGUAAGUCAUGGAGGGAAAUCACUCAGGAGAUUGUUAAGACUCCUGAGGAAUGUGGGAGGAUAACCUUUCCCAUUUCUCUCAAACAGCCAGGGCCUCGUGAAUCUCCAAUCCAGUGCUUUAUUAAAAGAGAUCGAGCCACUUCAACUUAUCGCCUCUACCUUGGUUUGACUCCAUCUGCGGAUGACAGUGAUAAAUUGUUGCUAGCAGCAAAAAAGAUGAGAAGGGCAAUAAGCACAGACUUUGUGAUAUCAUUGGUUGGAGAUGAUUUUUCACGAGCAAGCAAUACAUACGUUGGAAAAUUGAGGUCCAACUUUCUUCGCACCAAGUUCACUGUAUAUGACAGCCAACCCCCAAACGGUGGAGCAGUGCAUCAAAACGGCCAAGCAAGCAGGAGAUUCCAUGCCAAACAAGUAUCUCCAACGCUGUCCGCAUGUAAUUACAGUAUCGCCACUAUGUCCUACGAACUCAACGUCCUACGCACCAGAGGCCCCAGGAGAAUGCAAUGCACCAUGCAAACCAUCCCUUUCACAUCUGUCCUAUUGGGGGGGACGGCCCCCACUCCAACAGCAUUCCAGCAAUGCUUUGACACAAAAGAGUCGGUCCCGCCUUCUCAAGAGCCACUAACCCUAAAAAACAAGGCCCCUAGAUGGCAUGAACAGUUGCAGUGUUGGUGCCUGAACUUUAAAGGAAGAGUCACGGUGGCUUCUGUUAAGAACUUUCAGCUGGUGGCUGCAAUUGACCCUUCUAAUAGUAAUAACAGUAAUAACAUUCCGGCUGGAGAACAAGAAAAGGUAAUUUUGCAGUUUGGGAAGAUUGGGAAGGAUACUUUUACCAUGGAUUAUUGUUACCCACUUUCUGCCUUCCAGGCUUUUGCAAUCUGUUUGAGCAGCUUUGACACGAAGCUGGCAUGUGAAUGAUCUCUGACUCUGUAGAUUGUAAAUCUUGAUCAUUUGUUGCUUGUGUAACCGUAGAACUUUCUCUCUACACAUUUAUUCCUUGCAGAAGAAUGAGACAUUAAAUAUUCCAGAGAAUAGUGCUGCUUGAUAGUAACUUCUGUAGUGUUAGUUGAUCUGAUCAGAAGCACGGAAACUUUUGACAGGUCACCAUUUGCCAGAAACUCGGAAGUCAAGGAAAUUUGGAAGCUUCAAAUUCCCAUUUUUGAGUUGUUUCUGUAAUAAUAAAAAAUGGGAAACCUAUUUUCCAAAAUAAUUAGUGUUCCCAAACUUUAGAUUUCCAAUUCCUUUUCUUUUUAAUGGGAUUUCUUGAUGGAAACUCAUGUCCCUUGAUGGAGUUUUUUAUGAGAUUUUUUCAUAGCAAUAUGGUCAUUCUCAUAUUUCACAGCAUGCGGCCAUGCGCUCCUAAAAUUGUAUUUCAUUUUCAUUUAGUUAUGUACUUUUAUGUAAUAAAUUUCAUGUUUGAACAUGUAGAUUAUUUUUAUCAUAAUUUAUGUAGCAGAAUUAGUAUGAAAAAGUAUGAUUUAAUAUUUACGCA